AUGGUGUCAUUCUUUGGAAUCAAGCUCGGCGGGAAAAAGAGCCAGAAGAAGCAGGAAAAGACCAACCAGAGGCAAUGGAAGAAGGGAAACGAAUGGUCCUUCGCCGAGGACCAAUUCUACGGCCACGAACUUGCGAAACCUACGCUGCCCCUUUCAAGACCCGGCACAUCGCAAUCAAGCCACAGCAGCCAUACCAGCUUUCGUCCACCUUACGCUAACAAUGGAGCAUCUUCAUCUAUGGUCGACCUCUCAAACUCGGCCCCAAGGCCAAUAGCGACAAACCUCCGGCCUAUAUCUUCGAAUCCCUCCCUGAAAGGAGGAAGGGUCAACAUGUCAAGUCCUGUCGGCCCGCCAGCAUCAUUACCGUUUGCAGGAAGUGAGGGGAGUCGACCUGGAACCCCAACUCGGCCAGGCACUGCAGGCAGUGGAAGCAUCCGUAAUACCAAGGACUGGUCGAGUUCUCUGGACGGACAGUACGGAAGAGAUCCAACGACUCCUAACUUGGGCGCUCCAACGAGCCCUCAUGUCGGCGCUCCGACGAGUCCUCACCUUGGCGCUCCAUCGAGGAUGAAUACAGCGCCCACUCAUAGGAGUCCAUUGAGCGACAUGACGCCUGCCCCCGGCAUUCCUAGAACGAACACAGCACCUGUAAAGAGCCCACUCAGUCAAUUUGAACCGAGACCUCAACUCAAGGAAGCCAAGACCUAUAAAGCGUGGGAACCUCCUCAGCUGUAUAAACCAUAUCGCCCGCCAUCCCUCAGAAACGACCAGCACGGAAGUCCGUCUCCGCCACCGUCGAUUUCUAACAUGGAUCGGCGCACACCUUCUAUUGGAAAUAGCCCGCAAACAAACUUCGAGUUCCCCCCUGCAUCGAAUGCCACAAAUUCGGUAAGCCCAGCCAAGUCAGCUGUGGAUAUGGACCAGAUCGGGCUUCCCAGCCCUCCCGUGAGUGAGGAUCGGUGGGACAACUCGGGGCGGAACAGCUCUGCUUCGAUGGCUCGUCGAGACACAAUGAUGUUCCAUUCCCCACGACGAAAGAGUAUUUCUCGGACUGCACUAGAGGCAAAGGCAAUCCUGCGCGAACAGGUGGAGGAAGAUAAGGAGGCAAUUAAGAAGCGGCGGCAGACCGAAGGAUUCGAAGGAAAUUUCUCAGCAUUCAACUUUGGACAGCCCGUGGUUGACAAUUCGAUACCACUCCCUACGUCACCCCUCAUGCCAGCUCCAAAAGCUUCCAGCUCGCCGGCUGAGGACACAAGAGUGAGGUCUGCCUCUGAAGGGAGGAAGAAUGCCGCAGAAAGAGGCAUGAGCGAGCCAAUGAGUGCGGAAAUUCUUACAGUGGGCCAACCGUCUCUGGGUCUGAGCCUGCCCCGGACACCAGACACUAUUCCUGAGCGACGAUUUCCCGAAAAUGUUCACGCGCGCGGAGACUCAGACACUAGAGCUCCCAAUACCCCGACCGCCUUGCAGCAGCCCGACUCGAUGCUUAAACAGCGGCCCUUGAAAGCGCCUCCUGUUAAGAAGGGGCCAAUCCCCGGUGCCAUCGCUAUUCCACCCAAACCGAAUGACAACCAGCGGCCUCCGGGACCUCUCUCGGCUAAAGCAUUAAUAGAAGGCGAUUUCCCAGUGAUGAAUGGUCUUCCUCGGGGUCGUCGUGUCGAGCGUUUUGGGGCGGCUGAUUCGCCAGUCGAUCAGAGAUUCAAUACACACGAUACGCCCGAUUCAGCAACCGACGAUGAGAAUCUCGAUCUCCCACACUGGGUGGAUCGGGCAGACCGACACAUGUCAGCUAUGCCAGCACCACUCUCACCUCUACCUAACGCCUCAUUUGGAGACAGGGAGGCUAGCUCAUACACGUCUUCACCAACCUCUCCUGUCCCGCCACAACUACCGAGCCCAACCUUCAUGUCCCUAGAGAAGUCAAUCUCAAAUUCGAGCGAGAAUUUCAGCAAAUCUUUUGAAUUGGCUACAUCGUCGGCAUCCACCCAAAUUGAUAAGCCACUGAUUUCUCCUGUGAGGGGGGAAUUCCGGGUCGAGGCUCAAAAGGCUCCCCCUCGCCCACCUCCUAUUGCUUUGCCUCCCGGAGCUGGUCGGUUUACUCCGACCAAUGGAAGUUUGAAGUCUCCUGUUGAGGUUUCGUCAGGUUAUAUCUAA